AUGGCAAAAUUAGAUGCUUUAUUGAAAAUGCGAGAGGAGGAUAAAAAGAAACAUGAGGAGGCCCAAAACCGCACCAAUGCUCACAUGAAAAUGCUUGAGAACCAAAUUUCUCAACUUGCAUCUAAUUCAUCCCCUCCUUCUUCUUCUUCUUCUCACAUUCCAAGCCAAGCAAUCAACCUAAAACCUUUGUAUGCCGUGACAACUAGGAGUGGGAAGGUAGUAGGGAAUGACCCCUUAGUUGAGGAUGAACCCCAAGAGGAGGUGGAGUUAGAGAGUGAGGGUGAGAGAACCAAUGAGCCAUUGAGUGUUGACAAAGAAAAGGAUGUUGAGGUGCAAAAGGAGAAAGAAGCCACCCCCUUGCCCCUAAAUCGCCAACCUAGAGAGGAAAAACUACCCUUUCCACAACGAUUUGUGAGAGCUAAGCUUGAUGCCCAAUUUGGAAAGUUUUUGGAUGUUAUUAAGAAUUUGCAUGUUUCCCUUCCUUUUGUUGAUGCUACGAGGAAAAUGCCCCAUUAUUCCAAGUUCUUGAAAGACCUUUUGAGUGGGAGAAGGGAGUGUGAAAUGGUGAGCUUGACCGCCAAUUAUAGUGCAAUUCUUUCCAACAAACUCCUUACCAAAUUGAAGGAUCCGGGUAGUUUUUCCAUCCCUUGUUAUAUUAAUGGCAUUGAUUUUGAUAAGGCCUUGUGUGAUUUAUGA